GAUCGAUGGCGGUACACAUGGUGGUUGUGUUACUUAUAGUACAACUUUUUUAAACAUUUAUAAACUUUAUUUAUUUACUUUUUGUAAAUUUACUUAUUGGCGUGUCAUUUUAACAAAUGAUUAAUUUUAGUGUUGGCGUUAUAUUACCUUCAGCAGGUUUUAGUGAGAGAUUUGGAGUUCCUGUUCCUAAACAAUAUUAUGAAGUAUUGGGGAAGCCACUCUUUCUAUAUGCAUUAGAAGAAUUUAAUCGUAUGCAGUGGGUUAAAAAGAUCAUACUUGUCGUUGAUAAUCCAGAGCAUGUGCAAGGUUUGCUUGAAGAAUCACAUGCUAACAGGGAAAAAGUAUCUGUUGUACAGGGAGAACACACACGUCAUCGAUCAAUCCGAGCAGGGGUGCAAGCACUUCAAAGAAAUGAGAGCAACUUGAAAGUGGUGAUUGUUCAUGAUGCUGCACGCCCUCUUGUACCAUCAGAAUUGGUUGAGGAAUUGGUGGUUGCAGCAGAAGCCCAUGGUGUAGCUGGUGCCAUUAGGCCCCUUGUCUCCACAGUCCUUCAAACCAACUCAGAUGGGUUCCUGGACCACAGUCUGGAUAGGUCCAAACAUGUAUCCAGCGAAACGCCACAAGCUUUCCAAUUUGACAUUCUGACAUCUGCUUACAACAAGUGCAGUGACGAGGAGCUGGACACUGGGACAGAAUGCUUGCAACUAGCUCUCACUCACACUGGAGUCCAGGCUAGACUCAUUGAGGGGCCUCCUGACCUGUGGAAGGUGACUCACAAGAAGGAUAUUUAUGCCGCUGUUGGCUGUCUGAGAGAGAGAACAAACCAAGUUUGCAUUAUGUCUUCUGAAGAGAAUGAAACCGUGAAGCUCUUGACAGAAACCCUUGAGUCUAAAGUGUCAAUGGUGAAGAGUGUGGUAACAUCUAUGGAUACAACCAGAUUGACUUCUGGAGAAACUUUCAAUACUGUAGUCUUCUUCCAUCUGCAUGAGAUUGAUCAAGACAAUCAACUAUUGGACUUUGAAGCUAUGUUGGAUGUAGAUCAUCAGGGUCUAAUAAUCCAUGUGAUAGAACACACAAGUGCAGAUGGCAUGCAAAGUAUGUCAGUGUAUGAUCUGCAUAGAAGUGGACGAAAUAUGGCGAAACACUAUGAAAAGUUGCAAAAGGGAGUUGUUGUUAUUCAUUGUCUGACUCCUGGGGAAGAUAGACGAUUGGCUGACCUGGUAUCAAGCCUUAUCCUCUCUGAUGCAAGCACAUUCUCUGGCCAGACUCUCUUUCUUUGAAGCAGUUUGCUACACUUGUUUCAGGUCAUCUGAACAGUAACAGAUGUACAACAGUUGCUCCACACAAUACUCACAUAUGUAACCAGGUAUAUGUCUGUGUUUUGAUGUUGACAGAUACUGAAUCCACAAUUAUACUACAGCUCAGUAUAAAGCGAGUAUUAUGCUCAAAUGUUGAGAUAUGUAAUUACAUAUAUUUUUAAGUGUUGUACAGCAGACAUAAAAUGAGUGUACUAUCUAGUGUUAUUUACUCUUGACACAUCUAUUUUUGAAUGCUUAUUUAUUUUGGAUCAGUAUUUAUUCUUGGUUUCCAAGUGCUCUAAGAUAAAAUGAUGACAAGAUCUGCCCCUAACAAAGGACAUGUUUUAUUCUUAAAUGUUUUCAGAAAUUCUUGUGUGACUUGUAUAUUGGGUCAAUAUUUUAUCUAUGCAUUAUGAAAAGGGCAACCAACAAUGUGGCAUUUGAAGGAAGUCUGCUUUAUUUAUAGUGACUGACUGAUAUAUUCUCAUAUUCCUUAAUUCUUAUGUCAGUAAUGUUCAAAUCUUACCAGUAUUACUGAUUACUAAUGAAGUGGACAAAUUUAUUUAUGUAUUUGUUUGGGUAGUGAAGUAAAGUCAAAAGGGAGAAUCAACAUAGAGAUCAGUAGAAGAAUACAAAACAGUUCUGAAUUUUAUCACACUAAAAAUAAACAUGUAACAAAGUCUUAAAAUGGAGCAAAACAGCAAUUCAUAAAGUAUACUUUAAAUCUGUACGAACAUAUGUGGACACUUCUGGAGAACCAAAAUCGAAGCAAUGGAUAUGGAAAAUUUAGAAGUAUCAAGGGAAAAACAAGAGUGUAUAGAAUCAGAAAAUAAAUUCUUCAAGAAAGUGUUGGAGUUCAAGAUUUGUUAACACAGAGGAGAAAUGAUUACAACAGUUUGGCCGUCUGCAAAGGAUGGACAGAACAAGGAUACCAAGUGGGGUAGUAGAUAUAAAGAACAGAGACCUGUGGUUUAGCCAGGUAUUGGAAAGGAGUGAGAAGAAAGGAAAAAACUGGCAAGAAAUUGAAAAUGAAAGAUUGUGAGGGAGAGAGAGAGAUCGGCAACAAUGCUAAAAGAAGUAUCGUGGAUAUUACAACCAGUAUAUUGACACAAAGUUGAGAUUUAGGAAAGCUGCUAAAGAAGUAGAAUAUUGUGCGGUGUGACUUCUUAAAAUCAGAGUUUGCAAGAUGAAUUGCCCAGACUUUAUGAAAUAAUACUUUUAAAACUAUGAGCCACUAAGCCAUUACCUAUGUGGAUCUGGAAUACCCUACUCAGCAGCUUUUAUUUACUUAAAUUUAGGUAAAUUUUUCUCAGAAUCCUCUUUGAUAGAUCUGCUUAUUUCUUUUAUACUUAUUCUUUAUUUAUUUUGGUUGAGGUGUUGUUACAUGAUGGAACCACAAUCAUGUAAUAAUUUUUCCUCCAUCAAGUUUUUAAUACUGAGGACAUCAGUAAUUGUAUUUUAAAUGUUCCUGGGAAGUCAGACAAAAUCUGACAGAAAUAUAUUUUAAUCUAUUUAUGAAAAUGUUCACUUCACCCCAUGUUUCAACAGAAUUUUGCUGGGUGUUUAAUUGUGCAUAAAAGUCAUUAAGCAAUUUGCUUACUGUGAAUAUAAUACAGUAAAAUCUUAUAUUUUUUAGUGGUUUUCGAGGUAUAGUCCUUGCAGGUAAAUGCAGAUCAAUUAUAAUUAAUUUUAUGUCCUUUAUCUUGCUGAUAUAUAUUUGAAGUAUGCAGAAAUUAUUUCUUCAUAUGUUGAUGUACAUUAUAGUGUACUGUCUCCUGUUUGCUGUCCUGAUAACACGGAAAUUUCUCUUCUGCAGCGGGAGUGAUCUGAAAAGCUUCUUAGAUAUGAAGAAGGUCUGUACAUGGUACCAUGUGUACAAAUAUUCAGCUUCCCAGCUUCAAUAUAUUUUCAGAUAAAUUUACAUCAUAUACCCAAUAGUAUCAUUUGCAGGAAAAUGCAAUUAAACUUAAAUUCAUAUUUAAUCAACUACAGUUGCACCUCUCUUGCUUUAAUACAUUCCUGCAUAAUAAAAUCAUCUUGGUCAUUAACAUCUUCCAGCUGUUUCUUGAAGUUCCUCUUUGUCUUAUGAUAUACUUUAUAGCAAUAAAAAAAUUGCUUUCUCUGCUUGUCACAAGUCUUCCUCAGACUUCUGUUGCACUAUGAUCCUGGAUAAAUUUUUAACUUCUGCUACAUCCCUUACCUCUUACAAUCAUCUACCAGCAUUUCUUUUAAUAAGCACUUCCUGUAGUUCUUAGUGGAGAUGACUCAGUCUUAGAUCGUUAGGGCAAAUUGUGUUGAGGUGUCCCUUUUAGCCAUUCAUUACAAAUAUUUUUAUCAACUGUCUCUUGAUCAGCUGAUGAUGAUCCUCAUGUACUUUGUUUCAUGAACUGUAUUUCAUUCUUACCGGAGUGAUCCUCAUUUUAUAACAGGAUCACAUAUCUGUAAUGGUGUAAACCCUGUAUCAGCUUUACAGACAAAUUCAAACAUCUGGUUUUCUUUACCUUGUAAAAGUACUGUCUCAGGUUAUUUGGCAAUAUCUGAGACAUGAUAUAUCCACAGUGCCAAUUCCACCAUGUUCUGCUGAUAAAGUAAUGUGCUGUAGGGCAAGCACACAGUACUGAGUCAUGCUAACAUGUAUAAUUCUAGCAAGUUGUCUAUUUAACCAUUUUAUGAUCCCACAUGAGUAUGCUGAAAUAGAGAUAGUGUUUGUGUUCAUUGCUCUGGUUUUAUUUAUGUUCAGCCAAAUCUUUAGUGCAAUAUUAAUUCUGCAUUGUAAAACAGCUUUCAGCAUAUUCUUAAUCUUACUGUGAUUGAUACUGCAUAUCUGCAGAAAUCUAAGGUACAAAGUUGUGUAUGUCUAUUAAGUCUUCAUUCAUCUCAUUAUUUUUCAGUGUAAAUACUGUAUAUACAUUAGUCUUCAUUAAUGUCCUUCCUCAUAUUGUACCAGCUUACCUUUACAUAUUGUAAAGUUAAUUUGAAUAGAUUUGCUGCACUUUGUAAUUAUAUUCAGAAAUUUGCAAGUUGCUCCUCUGAAAUUGGAUACCACUUGAGAUCCACAUAAAAGUGAGAACUGAUUUUAUAGUUUUCUAAAUUAGGGAAUUUAAUAUUGAAUCUAUAAUUUAUAUCAUUCAGUAUACAGCUGAAUUACAGUUUUGGUGAGUGCAAGACCAGAGAGCACUCAGUGGAUGAUGGCCUUGAAGGAUACAUAUUCUUAUUUUCAGGAUCCUGGAUUAACUCAUUUCCUUCCCAUCAGAUAAGAAGAGAACUGUUAACCACUGUGAUACAGUAUACUUGAAAAAGUUGAUAUAAUAAGAUAGCAAAUCUUGUAGAUAUCCACAUAUGUAAGGUUAUCAUCACAUACAAAAUCCAAAGCUUUCUUAUUGUCUA